AUGAUUCUUCCCCAGUACCAACGCAAGGGCUAUGGCAGAUUCCUCAUUGACUUCAGGAUGCGAUUCUCAAAUCUGUGGAGUAAAAUUGAGGGGAUUAAAUUUGUUUAUUUCUUUUUACAGAAAGUAGGAGUGUCAGGGGCACAUGACCCCCAGGUCCGCUGCCCAUCAGUCAUCGAAUUUGGAAAAUAUGAAAUCCACACCUGGUAUUCUUCUCCAUAUCCACAGGAAUAUUCCAGGUUGCCCAAGUUGUACAUUUGUGAAUUCUGUCUCAAAUACAUGAAAAGCAGAACUAUUCUCCAGCAGCACACGAAGAAAUGUGGCUGGUUUCAUCCCCCAGCCAAUGAAAUAUAUAGAAAGAGUAAUGUUUCAGUUUUCGAGGUGGAUGGCAACGUCAGUACUAUUUACUGCCAGAACUUAUGUCUAUUGGCAAAACUCUUCCUGGACCAUAAGACUCUCUACUACGAUGUGGAGCCAUUUCUUUUUUACGUGCUGACGCAAAAUGAUAUGAAGGGCUGUCACCUUGUCGGCUACUUCUCCAAGGUGAGGGUGCCGACCUUGAAACCUGGGUUUUCAUGAGUGUGUCCUCCUAAG